CCCCCGGCCCGCCCCCGGGCGCCCUCGUCGCCGGCGGUCCCUCGUGAUGUCACUCUCGCCCGUGCUGGGCCCGGCCCCCGGGGGCGCGCGGGGAGGGUCCCGGGACCCCCGCCGCUGCGGUCAGCCGGGCAGACCCCCGGGUUCGGGCGAGGCGGCUGCCCCGGUCCCCCCCACCUCCACCCGCAGCCCCCUCCCCGGGGAACCUGCAUCCCGUCUGUGUGCACCCCUGGGUGGCGGAGGCAGGGGCGUGAAAUCCGCGCGCAGCGGACGCGCGCCCGCCCUCGGGUGGGUGGCUGCGCUGGGCAGCGGCGCGCCGGCCCCGCCCUGGCGCGGACAGGUGGGCCGGCCAGGUGGGCGCUGGCGAGGGGACGGUCAUUUGCGGUGAGGCUCGGCCGUGAGAAGAACGUGGGAACGCUGUGCAAGUGCUCGCCUUCCUGGUAGCUGCGGUGGCUACGCGUCCGUCUUUAUGAAGCGCUUCAUGUAGUGGAUGACAGUUGUUUCGCAAAGGCUCAGAAGUCGCCCCCUCCCCCACCAAGGGCAGAUGAAAAUGGUAGGAACAAGUGUGAUCAGAGACACGUGCACCCGUGUGCACAUGUUAAGCUGCCAACCCGCAGAAGCCACGUUCGCUCAAGCCACUCUCAGAGUCCGGACUCACCACAUGCAUUUGGAGAACCCAGCUGGGUUCCUGGAGUGGAAAUGGAUGGCUGAUAUGAAAGUUGGAAGCCUGAGUUCACGCAGAUGUCCUGAUCCAGAGCCUUUCGCGUCAGUGGCGUAUUAAAAAAGCAGCAGCAUGCUAGGUGGCGGCCAUGGCUGAGGAUGGCAACGAGGAGAUCAUGUUUAUCUGGUGUGAAGACUGCAGCCAGUACCACGACUCCGAAUGUCCCGAGCUGGGCCCGGUGGUCAUGGUCAAAGACUCCUUCGUGUUAAGCAGGGCGAGGUCGUCCCUUCCCUCCAACCUGGAAAUCAGACGCCUGGAAGACGGGGCUGAGGGAGUGUUUGCUGUGACCCAGCUCGUCAAGCGCACGCAGUUCGGCCCGUUUGAGUCGCGGAGGGUCGCCAAGUGGGAGAAGGAGUCCGCGUUUCCCCUGAAGGUGUUCCAGAAGGACGGGCACCCCGUGUGCUUCGACACCUCCAACGAGGACGACUGCAACUGGAUGAUGCUGGUGCGGCCGGCGGCAGAGCCCAGCCACCAGAACCUGACGGCCUUCCAGCACGGCAGCGACGUGUACUUCACCACCUCCCGUGACAUCCCCCCGGGCACGGAGCUGCGCGUGUGGUACGCGGCCUUCUAUGCCAAGAGGAUGGACAAGCCCAUGCUGAGGCAGGCCUGCCCCGGGCUCCACGCUGCAGGUGCCCCAGAGAACAGCGCCACGGUGGAGGCGGAGCCCAGCCAGUGGGUGUGCAAGGUGUGCUCGGCCACCUUCCUCGAGCUGCAGCUGCUGAACGAGCACCUGUUGGGUCACUUGGAACAAUCCAAAAGCGUCCCCGCCACCAGCCAGCAGGAGCCAGCUCCGGAGAAGGGAGCAGACGCGCCCCGGGGAGAGCCUCCCACCGUUCCCAAGAGUGUCAGUGCCGCCAGAGAGCAGAAGAAAAAGCCUCGAAGGGGCAGAAAGCCCAAAGCAUCCAAACCGGAGCAGCCUCUAGUCAUUGUUGACGGCAAAGAGCCAGCAGAGCAAGUGGCAGACAUCAUGACCGAGGUCGAGCCUGUGGCCACGUCGCCGGACGAGAGGAUCAUGGAGCUGGUUCUGGGGAAGCUGGCCACCACCCCCAGCGACGCCAGCCCAGUGCCAAAGUUCCCCCACCAUCAGAGCGGCACCAUCACCCUCAAGCGGAGCCUGGUCCUUUCGAGCCGCCACGGCAUCAGGCGGAAGCUGGUCCGGCAGCUGGGGGAGCACAGGCGGGUCUACCAGUGCAGCAUCUGCAGCAAGGUCUUCCAGAACAGCAGCAACCUGAGCAGACACGUGCGCUCGCACGGGGACAAGCUGUUUAAAUGCGAGGAAUGCGCCAAGUUGUUCAGCCGCAAGGAGAGUCUGAAGCAGCACGUCUCUUACAAGCACAGCAGGAACGAGGUCGACGGCGAGUACAGGUACCGGUGCGGCACCUGCGAGAAGACCUUCCGCAUCCAGAGCGCGCUGGAGUUUCACAACUGCAGGACAGACGACAAGACGUUCCAAUGUGAGAUGUGUUUCAGAUUCUUCUCCACCAACAGCAACCUUUCCAAGCACAAGAAGAAGCACGGGGACAAGAAGUUCGCCUGUGAAGUCUGCAACAAGAUGUUCUACCGCAAGGACGUCAUGCUGGACCACCAGAGGAGGCACCUGGAAGGAGUGCGGCGGGUGAAGAGGGAAGACGUGGAGGCCGGCGGCAGCGAGAACCUGGUGCGCUACAGGAAGGAGCCGUCGGGAUGCCCGGUGUGCGGCAAGGUCUUCUCCUGCAGGAGCAACAUGAACAAGCACCUGCUGACCCACGGCGACAAGAAGUACACCUGCGAGAUCUGCGGGCGCAAGUUCUUCCGCGUGGACGUGCUCAGGGACCACAUCCACGUCCACUUCAAGGACAUCGCGCUGAUGGACGACCACCAGAGGGAGGAGUUCAUUGGCAAGAUCGGGAUCUCCUCGGAGGAAAACGAUGACAAUUCCGACGAGAGUGCAGACUCGGAGCCUCACAAGUACAGCUGCAAAAGGUGUCAGCUCACCUUCGGCCGCGGGAAGGAGUACCUGAAGCACAUCAUGGAGGUGCACAAGGAGAAGGGCUACGGCUGCAGCAUCUGCCACCGGCGCUUCGCCCUGAAGGCCACCUACCACGCCCACAUGGUCAUCCACCGCGAGAACCUGCCCGACCCCAACGUGCAGAAGUACAUCCACCCGUGUGAGAUCUGCGGGCGGAUCUUCAACAGCAUCGGGAACUUGGAGCGGCACAAGCUCAUCCACACAGGUGUGAAAAGCCAUGCGUGUGAGCAGUGUGGGAAGUCCUUUGCCAGGAAGGACAUGUUGAAGGAGCACAUGCGCGUCCAUGACAACAUCCGCGAGUACCUGUGCGCCGAGUGCGGGAAAGGCAUGAAGACCAAGCAUGCGCUGCGCCACCACAUGAAGCUGCACAAGGGCAUCAAGGAGUACGAGUGCAGGGAGUGCCACCGCAAGUUUGCGCAGAAGGUCAACAUGCUCAAGCACUACAAGCGGCACACGGGGAUUAAAGAUUUCAUGUGCGAACUGUGCGGGAAAACUUUCAGCGAGAGAAACACGAUGGAGACGCACAAGCUCAUCCACACAGUGGGCAAGCAGUGGACAUGCCCCGUGUGCGACAAGAAGUACGUCACCGAGUACAUGCUGCAGAAGCACGUGCAGCUCACCCACGACAAGGUGGAGGCGCAGAGCUGCCAGCUGUGCGGGACCAAGGUGUCCACCCGGGCCUCCAUGAGCAGACACAUGCGGCGCAAGCACCCCGAGGUCCUGGCCGUGAGGAUCGACGACCUGGACCACCUUCCUGAGACCACCACCAUCGACGCCUCCUCCAUCGGCAUUGUCCGGCCUGAGCUGGGCCUGGAGCAGGAGGAUCUGGCCGAUGGGAAGCACGUGAAAGCCGCCAGGAGGACUCACAAGAGGAAGCAGAAGCCGGAGGAGGAGGCGGGGGCCACGGGGCCCGAGGACGCCGCCUUCAGCGAGUUCUCGGAGAAGGAGGCCACGUUCUCGGGCGGCGUCGGGGACGAGACCGACUCGGCCGUGCAGAGCAUCCAGCAGGUGGUAGUGACGCUAGGCGACCCCCACGUGACCACCCCGUCAAGCUCCGUCGGCCUGAGCAACAUCACCGUGACCCCCAUCACCACUGCGGCCGGGACCCAGUUUACCAACCUCCAGCCGGUGGCCGUCGGGCACCUGGCCGCCCCCGAACGCCAGCUGCAGCUGGACAGCUCCAUCCUGACCGUGACCUUCGACACCGUCAGCGGCUCGGCCAUGCUGCACAACCGCCAGAGCGACCUCCAGGUCCACCCCCAGCCAGAAGCCUCGAACCCGCAGUCGGUGGCCCACUUCAUCAACCUGACCACGCUGGUCAACUCCAUCACGCCCCUGGGAAGCCAGCUGGGUGAGCAGCACCCGCUGACCUGGCGGGCGGUGCCCCAGACGGACGUGCUGCCGCCCCCGCCGCCGGCCCCCGCCCCGCAGGCCGCCCAGCCCCCGGUGCCGGCUGAGCAGCAGCCGCAGAUGUACAGCUAUUGAGUCGCCUCGUGGGGACCCGGGAGAGAGAACCACAGACGGGCGGUUUGUUUUUAUUUGAGGUUUGUUUGCUGGAUACCAAACAAAGAAAAAAAAAAAACACACACACGCAUUGCAGUGUCAGUAAGGUUGACGUAGCUUUUGCAGAAUUAUCUCAAAAUCCGCCAAAAACCAUCACCGUCUGUCAGCUGAACUCAGAAGUGACCCCAAGCAGGCCAGUCGUGCACCUGAGCGGCUCCCACGCUCUGCCCGGUGAGGCCAGGCCCCCAGGCUUCCCUCCCAGGAUGCGGAUGGACACAGGGUUUGGAAAAAGGAAACGGCGAAGAGGGGCAGCUUCUUAAGAACCUCAGGUUAUUAGGCGAAGAGGGGCAGCUUCUUAAGAACCUCAGGUUAUUAGGGUUGUAGGUGGUUUGUUUCAUUUUUCCCUAAGGGCUCAGCUACUGUAUUAAAACGUAGCCAGUUUUCUCCUGGCUCCUGGACUUUUUUGCUAACCAGCAGGUAGAAGUUCAAGUAACUUGUUUACUCUCUUUGAAAUUUGAGUUGAGUCAAAUUUGUUCUGCAACUGCGGGCUGAAACCACCUGGGAGGAUGCCCUGUGGGGACGGACGCCCUCCUCUGGCCUUUACAAGUUUGUCUCGGGCAAGGGGUCACAUGAGGUCACUGACCAAGGCAUCUUAGUAAUAGAAUUCAUGAAUCGGUUUUCAGUAUGGCUUUUUCCUUUUUCUGUUAAAACUUUAUCUCGAGCAUAUAUUGUGUGUUCGAGACUGUGGAGACCAUGUUCUCUUUUUCCCUUUAACACGCUGAAGUCGUUUGCACUGUAGGACUGUGGUCCACGUCUGGCUCUACACGGCUGCCCCGAUGCAGGGGGCACGGUAAACGUGCAUCUGCGCGCCUUGCGCCGGCCCUUCCGGAGGCUCCUUGGAGUUGUCUCAGGAUUCUCUGCCAUCCAAAUGUAUUUAUCGUGGCUGCGGCUCAGCCACAGCCCCCUGAACUGGAGAACAGGGAAGACAUUCACGUCUUUUUUCUGUUUAAUUCCAAAGGUUGGUGUGUUUCAAGACCAGUUUUCUAUACAGAUGUUGAACAAGCUUGGCUCUGUACAGCAGAAAGGUAGAGGUUUUCCUGAAAUACAAAGACAGUGCUAUUUCCUGCAACGUCGUGUGAAAGCAGAAAAGGUUGUUAGCUGACCAGUAGAAGCAUCAGCGCCCUCACGAAUGAGUGAACGUGCUGGGUGACAGCAGCUCCGCUCCCCCGGGGGGCACGCUUUCACACCUGUGCGCCCAUUUCACAGGUGGCGGGUGAGGCUCAGGACCACCGAGGUGGCAGUCAGCUCCCAGCCCUCCCACUGCCCAGCCGGGGAAACAAAGGAGCUUCAUUUCCCCUCUCCUGACGCUUUAACGCUGUCCAGAAUGAAGCGAUACGUUUGCCUUACUUUGUCCUGGUCACUGCGUGUCGCCGAUCCCCUGUUAUUUGGAGACCAUCCGUAGCGGGUUGAUGAGGCAGCAUAUGUGAGGCUGCCAGGGAGGCUGUGAACAGUGUGACGCAAAAUGCAGCGUUCUCAGCACGUCACUUCGUUCCAGAUGGCAAGAUUUCAAGGAGGGGCUAGGCUUUGAUUUGUGCAAUACAGGCCUUCGUCACCCACACCGCAUGUGAAAGGGGGCUUCAGGAUUCCCCCUCCACACCCAGCUCACCCGGAACUCCCAACGCGCACCUCUCUGUUGAAUUAGUAGCGGGGGGUUGUUUGACCUUUAAUUUAUGAUAAUUAUUUUUAUGUUAUUUAUGUAUAUAAUUGCUUUAUACAUAAUAGUUUCAUCAAAUGAACUUGGGCUAGGGGUGAUAUAUUUUCUAAGUAUUGUCUCUGUUCUCCAAAUGUAAGUGGUCCAGAUAUCCGUGGAAUCGUUAAAAGCGCCAAGGUUCCUGAGGUAUUUUUUUAAAAAUCACUGACCAUUUCCUUUUGCAUUUGCAGAAUAGAAGGGAUGAAUGACCACGUGAAAAACCCAAACAUGAUUGAACACCCGCUAGCAUCUAUAUCUUUUAUUCCUCUCCUCUAUGACAUAAAGGCCUUUUAAAUCACGAUUUUAUUUUUUUAAGAGAAGUUGUUUUUGUGCCCAGAGUAAGGGCGUGUCAGAUGUUUUUAAAGGACCUCAUUUAGUUGCGUGGCCCCAGCGUACUUCCCGCCGUUGAUUUAAAUACACAGAUGCGUGAUGGUACUUCUUGUUAUAAUAAGUGAGAACUCACAAUAAAAAUCAAAUUUACUCCUGAGUUUUCUGUAGAAAUAUUUGGUCUAAUAAGGUCACUAUCUGAGGUAAAAUAGGUUCAUGCCGUCUUAAAACAGUUGCUGUGAAUUUGCAUAUAAAAACUGGAAAGCAAAAAAAAAAAAAAGUACUGCUCAGCCAAAAGAGUUAUCAGCUCUAGACUGUUCUGCACCUUUAUCACUGAUUUGUGAUGGAAAGGGUUUCAUUUUUUAACUGAUCCCAGGUGCACAGCUGUAUCCACAGGAGGAAAUUAGAUGCAGCCAUUGUGACCACUGAGCUCUGUGAAUCCCUCUGGGUAAUUCUAAAUUAAUAAACAAAAGAUGCUUGGUUUCGGCCCAUGAAUUUGUGAAGUUGUGUCCUUCUGUGCCACACAGCGGUGUGGGCCUUGCAGAGCUGGGCCCCGGGGUACACCGCCUACCAUCGAUGGUGUGUCUUCAAGGCGAGGAGGGGGCAGGGCCCCAGAGUGGGAGGUGUUCCGUGUGCCGGGUGCCGCUCCUCUGUGACCGACAGGGACCCGCCUUGGAGGAUUUGGGGCCGGGAGGCAGAUGCACGGACCCCUCAGUCAUGGCACCCAGAGCUCGAGGCUCCAGCUUAGGCCCGUGUCGGUCACCUUCCCGCUGGGUUUUGCAAGGCGUCAAGGCUGAGACGUAACGUGU